AUGAGCGGUUUUGAUUGUUCAUUACUUGAAGAGCAGCAUUUUCAAACAUCAGACUCACUCAAAGAUGGCGCUAUAUCAUGUUCAGAUUGGUCUCGUUUUGCCAUAGCAUCAUCAACUGGUUUUACAUUAUUAACAUUUAGUGGUCAUUCAUCACGUAAAGUUCAAUUAUUUACUGUUUCAUGGUUUCAACUUGAUCAACAUCUUGAACAAGAUGAUUUACGAUAUUAUACAUAUACACCAUUAGCUCUUUUUUGUCCAGAUUCAUUACGACCUGAUGGUGCUCGUUUAUUAGCUGUUGCUUCAUCAACAGGUCAACUUGUUAUAUGUGAUGCUAAUCAAGAAUCACCUGUUGUUUUAUUUAAUGUUUCGAAACGAUGGCGAUCACAAUUAGAUGAACGAAAUGGUACGAAUACAACAACAUCACGAAAAACAGCAACUACUAAUGGAACAACAGCAACAACAACAACUACUACUACUGGAGGAUUAUCACGUGAUGAAGAAGCAUUACUAGUACCAACAUGUUUAGGUUGGUCAAAUGUUCUGCGUCGUGAUUCACCAUCUCGUUUUGUUCUACUUUUUUGUGGUCUUGAAUCAGGUCAUGUUGCUAUAUGGCAAUUAUCUGAACAACAACCAACAAAUAAUCUUACAUUAACAUAUGCUGCUUUACUUGAACCAAAUGCAGCUGAACCAUCAAUAACAUCAUCAACAAAUGGUAUGAAAAAAUCUACUCUUUCACCAACAAUGUCCAACGGUUUAUAUAAUUCUAAAUUAGAAACAUCAUAUAGAUCACCACAUAAUUCAAUAUCAGCUAUGGCAUGGCUUUCAUUAUCUGAUACAGCUGGUAUAUUAGCACUUGGUUCAUCACAUGGACAUGUAUCACUUAUAUCAAUAUCAUUAACUGGUAAUGAAUUAACACCAUUACUUGCAUAUACAAAACAAGAAUCACCGCAUCUUGUUUCAAAUGGUGCACGUAUACAUCAUAUUGCAUUAUAUCAACAAUAUAAUGAACAUCGAUUAUUUUUUGCUCAAAUGGAUUCAAUUGUUAUAGCAACAUUAAAUAUAACAUCAACUGGUUAUAAUACAUCAUGUUCACAAUUUACAAUAAAAACAGUUAAUGAAUAUGCUUUAAAUUCAAGUGUAUUAACACAUUUUUUAUCUGAUACACAAGAUUUAUAUUUAAUAUGUCGAGAUGGUUUUAUACAUCGACAAGUAACACAAACAUUUAAUGAUCCACAUCUUCAUCAUCAUCAUCCAGCACAACAUACAACAAGAUUUGAACAAUUUUGUCAAUUAUUACCAGCAGGCUAG